AUGAUAAAUGAUUUCUCAUCACUCUCUUUUAGCAUCUCAACAUCCAAUCUAUCAUAUAAGUUACUAACUUCUUAUUUGCCUAAUAGUUAUGUUUCUUCAACUGAUAUAAGUUGGUUAAGAGGGUUAACCAAUCUCAAGGUUCUAAACUUAACCGGUGUUGAUCUAUCGGCAGCUUCUUCAGUGCAUAUCACAAAUUGGGCUGAACCUUUAUCAGUGCUUGCCAACCUUAGGGAGCUAUCACUUUCUGAUUGUAGCAUUGCUGGUCCAUUUCCACUUCAUGAAUUUUAUAAUCUCUCACUUCUGUCGGUUUUUCGAAUGGAUUCUAAUCCUUUGAGCUCACCAAUUCCACUUCGGAUGGCUAAUUUGACAUCUCUUUCAGUCCUUGACUUGAACAAUUGUCAGUUGCAUGGUUCAAUGCCUUAUCUUCCACAACUUCAAUACUUGGAUGUCAGUGGUAACCAAGAUCUCAUGGUUGAUCUCAUUCACAUGUUCGAUCAUUCUUGGCCUAAACUUCAAUUGCUUUCAAUUACUUUGACUAAUGUUGUUGGGCCGAUUCCAAGUUCUGUUUCAAAUGCAUCAUCACUGGUUUCUCUUCUUGCAGCACGUUGUUCAAUUCGUGUAUCCUUACCGCAUUCACUUUCAAACCUUUCGCACUUACAAUAUCUAGACCUCAGCUUCAACUCCUUGAAUGGUUCCAUUCCUUAUGCAAUCUCCAAUUUAAGGAAUCUGCAAGCAUUAAAUUUGAAUCAUAAUAGUUUACAUGGUCCCUUCCCAACAUCAAUAUGUGAGGUUUCCUCUCUUGCAACUCUUCUUGUAAUAGGCAAUAAUUUGAAUGGAUCAGUACCAAGUUGUAUUUUCAAGCUUCGGAAACUGCAGGUGUUUGAUGUCACAGGCAACAAUUUGAACGGAACUAUCUCAUUUAAUUGA